AUAUUGUGUGGGCUCCUGAGCAAGUCUCUGUGAUCCAGGAGAAUCAGAAUUUGAGGCUUCUAAUUGCUGUGCAAUUGAGUUUGCAUGAAACUUUCACCUCCUCUGCAGGAAUUGACUCUUGUGAUUUCGGGAGAGAGUUUUAAAUCUCUCUGACUACAGACCACACACCUCCCUAUUUUUUACUACAGAAUUGACUUUAUUUUCCAACCAGACAUGGAUGUUCUCCCAAUGUGCAGCAUCUUCCAGGAACUCCAGAUUGUGCAUGACACUGGUUACUUCUCAGCUUUACCAUCCCUGGAAGAAUAUUGGCAACAGACCUGCUUAGAGUUGGAACGGUACCUCCAGAGUGAACCCUGCUGUGUGUCAGCAUCGGAUAUUAAAUUCGAAAGCCAAGAAGAUCUGUGGACCAAAAUUAUUCUGGCUCGGGAGAAGAAGGAAGAAUCAGAACUGAAAAUUUCUUCUAGUCCUAAAGAGGACAGUCCAAUCAGUCAGAGUUUCAGCCAGAGCCUAGAGACCAACAGCUUAAAUUCAGAUGUGAGUAGUGAAUCAUCUGACAGCACUGAGGAACUUUCACCUACUACUAAAUUUACCUCUGAUCCAAUAAGUGAAGUCUUAGCCAAUUCAGGAAAUUUGAGUUCUUCUGUCACUUCCACUCCUCCUUCUUCCCCGGAACUGGGCAGAGAACCUUCCUCUCAACUGUGGAAUUGUAUGCCUGGUGAAUUACAUUCACCGGGUAAAAUCCGUACUGGGACUGUGGGCAAGACUGGUGAGAAGGUCAGUGGCGAUGCCUCUCCCGAUGGCCGGAGACGAGUCCACCGGUGCCAUUUCAAUGGCUGUCGGAAAGUUUACACCAAAAGCUCGCAUCUCAAAGCACAUCAGCGCACUCAUACAGGAGAAAAGCCUUACAGAUGCUCAUGGGAAGGGUGUGAAUGGCGUUUUGCAAGAAGCGAUGAGUUAACAAGACAUUUCAGAAAGCACACGGGUGCCAAGCCUUUUAAAUGUACUCACUGUGACAGGUGUUUUUCCAGGUCCGAUCACUUGGCCCUUCACAUGAAGAGGCACCUCUGAAUGGGUCGGGAGGUGAAUCCUGUGGGCUAAGCGGCUGCAAGGUUGAGACAGCCUUGUGAGGAGGGAUGUGUGUCCCAGCCAAAAAGCAUGCCAUUUUGCACCCUACCCAGUUGCCUCCAGGACCUCUAGCGCGAAGGUCUUCUGAGGGCUAAUCAAGUCACGUAAGAAGCGGCAUCGCGAGCGUGGCGCGGGAGCUUUGGGUUUCCCGGACUCGCUCAGCGGGACCCCGCCUCGCGACUGGCUCCGAAGCCUUGGCCGUGAGCAUGCGCACUGAGAAUGUCAAUGACUGGGCCGACUGUCUGUUGAGGAUCUAUUCGUGACCGUAUGACAAGGCACACUUUUCUUCAUCUUGCGCUUCUUCUGCCGCAAGACAGAUGAAAAAGUUAGUUUGAAUGUUUUGUGUGUGAGGAACAUACCAUGAGAUGGGACGACCACCAAUCAUUUCCUGGGGGGGAGGGUCAGCACCUUUUUUUUUUUUUAAACAAACAAAAAAAAAAUAACAAAAAAAAUUUAACAAAAAACAAAAAAAAAGAAGAGGGAAAAAAUGGAGGGCGGGAGUGGGAAGUCAGGACCCCGGAGGAGAGCGACUGGGGGAAGGGGGAGGCCCCCUUUCCUGGGUGAGAGAAGCUUUUUGGGUGUCUGGUGCAGCUAUUAAACGUGCAAUGUGUCAGGUAGCUUGUUUUACUGGCUACAGAGCUCAUUUGUAAUCCAUUGUAUAAGCUGUGUAUUUACGAAUAUAACACAACUAUAACUUUUCAUUAUAAUACAAAGAUAAUGCAUGGUUCCGGGGAACUAUAUGCUUUUCCAUUCUUUAAUCAGGACUGCAAUUUUGAUUCCAGUUAAAGAGCAGCUAAGAUACAAUUGGUCUAAUGCAGUGAUUCCCAGCCAUCUUGGACUUGCAACACAUUAUUAUAAUUAUUAUUUUUUAUUAUUAUUAUUAUUUGUUGUUGUUGUUAUUGUUGUUAUUUAAUUUUUACAACACUCCCUCCCCCCUAAAAGUGCAGUAGUGGCACAGAAUUAUUAUUUUUUUUUAAUGGAAAUUAAAUUUAAUUUGGAGAAUUUUAUAGCUUCCCCCCCCCAUGAGAUAAUUGUAUACAUUGGGGGGGGGUUCACAGAGCCAGGGUUUUGGGAAUCACUGGUCUAAUGUUACAUUAUGUAUGGAACCUAAAAAAAAAAAUUCUGUUGGGUGGAUAAAACCACUGUAGCUUAGAAACUGAUUUCUCAUGCAGCUGUUUCUCUUAUUUAUGCCUUGAGGACUAAUUUCUGGUUUUCUAGCUGUUAAUGCACUGUUGACCUUAAUAAUGGUGCCUUAUGCAAGUGACCUUCUCUUGUGGGGGGGGGUCUCAUACAGGGGUAUGGGUGAUGCAUGCUUUAUUAAGGCUCUUUUUUCACCUGGCAUUGUACUGUAUCAAUGUAUAAUACAGAAAAAAAAAGAAAACAACAAAAAAAAAAACCACACACACACACACACAGAAAAAAUCUUUGAGGUCCUCCUUCACAGAGACAAACAUAGAAAUGAAAACCUCCC